UGUAGUUGAAUGCUUUACCACUCAGCUCUGUUCCACUAUAUCCAAACAGUAACGUUACGACUGAGUAUUUACGUCUUUGGUUUCUUCCGUCAGUCUUAUUUCCUUGGGCAUUGCUGAGCAAGGAUGUCAAUUGUGAACCCUUUGACGAAGCUAGUGAAAUGUGUUCUCUUUGAUUUGGAUGGUACUCUUCUUGAAGAUGGCGUUGUAAGUGAUGUCUUGAAAGUUUAUUUAGUAAAGUACGGAAAGCAGUGGGAUGGGAGGGAAUCUAAGAAAAUAGUAGGGAAGAUGCCGCUUGAGAUUGUGGCUGCUAUUAUUGAAGAUUACGAGCUUCCUUGCACGACAGAAGAAUUAGUAUCUGAGAUCACCCCUAUGUUCUCCAAUAAGUGGUCCAAUAUUAAAGCACUUCCUGGUGCCAAUCGGCUGAUCAAACAUUUCAGCAGUCAGAAAGUGCCAUUGGCAUUGGCUUCAAACUCCCCCAAGGAGAUUAUAGAAGCCAAAAUUUCGUCUCAUUCUGGCUGGAAAGAAUCCUUUUCCUUCAUUAUUGGUGGUGAUGAAGUGAGCUUAGGAAAGCCGUCUCCUGAAAUAUACCUUGAAGCGGCUAAAAGGCUAAAUAUUGAACCUUCCAGCUGCCUUGUCAUUGAAGAUUCACUACCAGGUGUGACAGCCGGUAAAGCUGCUGGCAUGGAAGUGGUGGCUGUGCCCUCCAUGCCAAAACAAUCCCAUCUUUAUACUGCAGCAGACGAGGUGUUCAAUUCUCUACUUGAUCUGCGACCCGAAAAGUGGGGCCUCCCUCCGUUCCAAGAUUGUAAAAGGAUAGAACGUACUUUGCCAUUAGAACCUUGGUAUAUUGGUGGUCCCGUCAUCAAGGGAUUUGGGCGUGGCUCAAAACUACUUGGGAUCCCCACCGCAAAUUUAUCCACAGAAGGAUAUUCGACUCUCCUUUCGGAACAUCCCUCGGGAGUAUAUUUUGGCUGGGCCAGAGUAUCAACUCGUGGGGUUUUUAAAAUGGUCAUGAGCAUUGGAUGGAAUCCAUAUUUCGACAACACCGAAAAAACUAUAGAACCAUGGUUGCUUCAUGAGUUCGACGACGAUUUCUAUGCUGAGGAAUUGCGUCUCCUUAUAGUUGGCUACAUUCGGGCCGAGGCAAAUUUUCCGACACUCGAGAGCUUAGUAGCAAAGAUUCACGAGGACAGGAAAAUUGCAGAGACAGCUCUUGAUCUUCCAUUGUACUCAAAGUACAGGGAUGAUCCCUAUCUGAGAAUUUCUGUUUAGGGAUGGAUGAGAUUCUUAUAUUCCUUCAUAUUAACCAGAAAAGCCGCGGACCUCCAGCUCCGCAACUCAGCAGGUGGGCAGCGCCCCCCGGCAAUAGGGUGAGCCAGAAAUUGGAGACAUUAUGCUCUCAAAUGACACUCUCUUAAACUGAAAUUCUCUCUUUUACUAAACCUUUUUAUUCUUUUUUUAUGUGUCGUGUUCGGGCCGACACGACUAUGGCACGACACGAUUAUAAUAAACACGAACACGACACGAUUAAUAAACGUGUUAGAAACCUAAA